UAUCGUGUUUCUGAUUCAUUCAUACCUGUCAAAGAAAAACUAUUAUAACCUGUGUUAAUUUUGAAAAUGAACAGAAUAUUUGGAAAAGGCAAAGAUAAAGCACCACCACCUAAUUUAACAGAUGUCAUUCAGGGGGUGGAUGGUAGAGCAGACUCAGUUGAGAAAAAAAUUGCAAAGUUAGAUGUAGAAUUAAAGAAGUAUAAGGAUCAAAUGGCCAAAAUGAGGGAAGGACCAGCUAAAAAUAAUGUGAAGCAAAAAGCUCUCCGAGUGCUAAAGCAGAAAAAGAUGUAUGAAUCGCAAGUAGACAACUUAAGACAACAGGCAUUCAAUAUGGAACAAGCCAACUUCGCUACCCAAUCCCUGAAGGAUACUCAAGCCACUAUUGAUGCGAUGAAAGCUGGCGUCAAAACCAUGCAGAAAGAGUUUAAGAAAAUAAACAUCGAUCAAAUCGAGGACCUCCAAGAUGACAUGGCAGAUAUGCUGGACUUACAUGAAGAGGUACAAGAAGCUCUGGGACGAACCUACGGCACACCCGAGAUAGACGACGAUGAGUUGCAGGCAGAACUUGAUGCUCUCGGGGACGAGAUUGCUCUUGAUGACGACACCAGCUACUUAGACGAAGUUAAAGCACCAGCAGCCCCGAGCAAAGAGCCUGGUGCGGACAGUGUCAAAAACAAGGAUGGUGUAUUAGUGGAUGAAUUCGGUCUGCCACAAAUUCCAGCAUGAUAAGACAUGCAAAAAAACAACCUAAAGAAGUGAUUCUUUGUGGGCUGCCAUUUUCUUCACUUCACUAAUUUUCUUAACAAUGAGGCAGUAGUAUUACAAAGUUAGUAAAACAAAACUAUAAGUAUUGUAACAAUACAGUUUUAUAAUAUUGCACUUAAUCUUGUUCUUAAGUGCAUGACAGCAAAACAUUUUAAACAUUCCUUUCAUGAGAAAUGUAGUUUUAAAGGGUAAGAGGUUCUAAGCAAAAUUGUCUCUUGCCAACUUUAAUUAAAAAUAAAAUGUUCACAAAAUUAUAAGACUGUGUUAUUAAGUGUUUGUUGUUUCACAACUAAAAUAAUACAAUAUUUAAUUAAAACUGAAUACAAACACAUUCAAUUUAGAAAUCACUGUUUUAAAAUCUAAACUAAUGUAAAAAUAAAAUAUUAGUAUAUGAUUCUGCACUUAGUGUAGAUCGACCAUGAGACAACCAAGUUAUCAAUUAAAUGUUGUAUUAAGUGCUACUUUCAUUAUUUACCCUCAUUUUUUAGACAAUUUAAUAACAUUAAGUUAACUAGUUUACAAAGUAUUUUUACUCUACACUUGAAGUUUGUGAAAAUUUUGGUUACAAAUUAAUGUAGGCCUAAACCAAAUUAUUUACUUAAGUUUUAAUAAUUUCUUUGUGAAAAGUCUUCAUUUUUGCAGGCGUUGAGAAAGUGUGAUUUAAAGUUACCCAUAAUAUACAAAAUAUUAUGUAUUAUAAUUUACUAUUUUUUAAUCCCGAUUGAGUAACUGUUUAAAACACGUAUAUACACCAGACCAUAAACUCACAUUGUUUAUCUUUUCAUUUAAAUAUUCAUUAAAACAGAUUGAAUUACAGAUAUUUUUAAUAGAGUUUUAUUCAGUUAUUUUUUGUUUAUUUGAGAAGAAAUACAUUUUUUCUUAAGAUUGAAGGGAUAAUGUUAAUGACGUCUGAUAUUUCCUAUUACCAUAAUUUUUAAAUCUUUAAUCUGAUCACAUAAGUCAAACAUGUUUUAACUACUUUUUUUUAACAAUUGUCUAUUUGAGGUUUAAGUGUGCUUAUGCAACUCAAUAAGUAUGUUAAAGUUUGUUAGUUUUAAGCUUGAUACAGGUGUAACAGAUGUUAUAAAAUUUUGCAUAAUAUGUGGUUGUAUAUAAUAAAUAUGUUUUUAUGUA